UAAUCUGCAACAUUCUACCCUGGUUUAAAUCACACGCGCUCAAAUUAAACACACGAUCGCACAUUGAUUAAUUUGAGAAUGAUUUAUUUGUGCAUUGGAGGAUAACUAAUUAACUAACUACUAGUGUGGUGUAUUUUUUCAAAAUAAAUUCUUCCCGCCAUCAUUUGUCACUAUUAUUAUUAUUAUUAUUGUCAAAUUUUGUGGAAUAUAGUUUAUCAUUGUCAUUAUUAAAAACGGAUGCCUAUAAAAUAAAAUCGAUCGUGGAUUAUAUUUAGUUUGUGAAUCGUUUUUUUUUAUUGACCAAUUGACAUAUAUACGCCGAAUCCACACAUCCACACACACUUACAGAAGACAUGAAAGUUAAGAACAAACGUCCAUACAAUCGAUCAGAGACAACAUGUACACGUAGUAGUAGUAGUAAUAGUAGUGUUAGUGGUAGUAAUACAAACUCUACACCGACUACUACCAAUGCUACAUCAGUUGGAUAUAUGUCAAGUAAACUGAGCGAACAACCACCAUUGAAUUCGUCGGAUCAUACUAACAAUGAUUCGUUGAGUAAUAGUUGUAAAAAGAUUGUUGACAGUAUAGUAACAUCGAAAAAUGCCAAAACACGUCGUCAUAAAACAAGUAAAAAACACACGAAUUCAUCGUCCUGUUGUUCAUCUUCGUCUUCCUCGUCAUCCACCUCCUCCUCAUCGUCAUCGUCGUCAUCCUCUUCAUCAUCACCGUCUACUUUAAAUGUCAACAACACUACAACUGUAUCACAACUCAGUGGAACAUCGUUGAAAAUCACUCAACGUAGUGGACGUACCCAUGUGACAAGUGUAAAUGCGAACACUGCCACUGCCACUACUACUACUACUACGACGACGACGAACAAUUGUACUAUUUCUAAUGCUGAAACUAAUCAACCAAUUGAUCCGUAUGAAUUUGCAAUCAAAAUUGAUGAUGAGCCCAUGACAACAAUAAUCAAUAAUCAAUCUAGUUUCAAUGAGAAUUUAUUACCGAUUAAACGAUUAAAAUUAGAUCGGGUGAGUUUUUAUUUGCCUUUAAACGCCUCCUGGUAA